AAAGGAACAUGAGAUAGGCAAAAGAAAAAUCCAGUUUGCUUCUAAAAAAGGCUGAAAAUUAUAACCGUCCAUGGUCUCAUGUCUCAAGUCUGAGAAACUUUUUUUCUCUUCUGGUUGUUUGCAAACCAAAGUGGAAUUUCGUUAUGGGUUACUAAGUGAGCCUUUCCAAGUUCCUAGCCCCCAAACAUCUCUACUGACAUUUAGUUUCCUCAUGCAGAUGGAAAGGAGGAUGGAGCCCAAAUAAAGCAGAGGGUGUCUCCGCGCUGUGAUGGGCUCCCCUCACACCGCCGCGGUUUCCCAGCGCUCAUCCAGGGACCCAGCAGAGCUGCCUGGCCCCUUUUACGACCAACAGAACCGUGAUGAAGGCAGUAGGAGUCAGAAAGCUAUUCGCUGCAGGAAGCCCCAGUAUCCGGUGAGAAAUAAGAAGUACAACAGCACAGGAUGCACCUUGGGUCAGCGCGACGCGGAAAGCCCUCAGUCUUUGUGCUCUUCUUGCUGGGGCGUCUGUGUCCCAGCCCCCGGCUCCCCUCUGGCUCAGCUGGGGCCUCCACAGUCACUGCCGGCCUGCCAGCCUCUUGCCGAGGGUCACACACAGACCACAAUGGCCACGUCUGCCGGCCUCCUACUUCUGCUCCUGCUGGGCCAGCCCCAGGCAGGGGCCGGCGCUGCGGGGGAGGCUGUGGUGUGCGUGGGGACUGCCUGCUACACGGCCCACUGGGGCAAGCUGAGCGCGGCUGAGGCCCAGCUCCACUGCGGCAGGAAGGGGGGCAACCUGGCCACCGUGAAGACUGAAGAGGAGGCUAGGCACGUCCAGCGAGCCCUCGUUCAGCUCCUGCAGCCGGAGGUGCCCCUGGCAGCGCGGAUGGGCAAGUUCUGGAUCGGGCUCCAGCGAGAGAAAAGCAAGUGCUUAGACCCAAGUUUGCCACUGAAGGGCUUCAGCUGGGUGGGCGGUGGGAACGACACGCCUUACGCCAACUGGCACAAGGAGGUCAGGAGCUCUUGUGUGUCCAAGCGCUGCGUGUCCCUGCUGCUGGAUCUGUCUAUACCGCCCAACGCCAGCCGCCUCUCAAAAUGGUCUGAGGGGCCCUGCGGGAGUCCGGGCUCCCCUGGAAGCAACAUUGAGGGCUUCGUGUGCAAGUUCAUCUUCAAAGGCAUGUGCCGGCCCCUGGCCCUGGGGGGCCCCGGCCGGGUGAACUACUCCACCCCGUUCGAGGCCACCAGCUCCUCCUUGGAAGCCGUGCCCUUCGCCUCCAUGGCUAACGUGGUCUGUGGAGAAGAGGACGACAGUGGGUGGCUUUACUUCUUGUGUAAGGAGAAGGGCCCCGAUGAGUUUGACUGGGACAGCUCAGGCCCCCUCUGUGUCAGCUCCAAGUAUGGCUGUAGCUUCAACAAUGGGGGCUGCCAGCAGGACUGCUUCGAAGGGGGGGAUGGCUCCUUCCGCUGCGGCUGUCGUCCGGGGUUCCGGCUGCUGGACGACCUGGUGACCUGUGCCUCCCGGGACCCUUGCAGCUCCAGCCCGUGCAGAGGGGCAGCCACGUGUGUCUCCGAGUCCCACAGCAAAGCCUACACAUGCCGUUGCCCCCAAGGCUACCAGCUGGAUCCCAGCCAGAGGGACUGUGUGGAUGUUGAUGAGUGCCAGGAUGCCCCCUGUGCCCAGGAGUGUGUCAACACCCUUGGGGGCUUCCGCUGUGAGUGCUGGGUGGGCUACGAGCCCGGACGCCCCGGGGAGGGGGCCUGUGAGGACGUGGAUGAGUGUGCCCCCAGCCGCUCACCCUGUGCCCAGGGCUGCACCAAUACCCACGGCUCCUUCUUUUGCUCCUGUGAGGAGGGCUACGUCCUGGCCGGAGAGGAUAGCACCCAGUGCCUGGACAUGGAUGAGUGUGUGAGCCUGGCAGGCAGCCCCUGUGACGGCUUGUGCCUCAACACGCAGGGGACCUUCCACUGCAGCUGCCUGCCCGGCUGGGAGCUGGGCCCUGACGGGGUCUCCUGCACCACAAGCCCCAUGACCUGGGAAUCACAGGCUGGGCCUCCCCAGGAGGAGGACAUAGGAGAUAAAGAGGAGAAACGUAUGCCUUCUGUGACCAAGCCCAGUCCCACUAGGGACCCUGAGGGCAACUCUGAGGGAGCGCCCACCACCAGGAGACCUCCCCUCCCACCCAGCACACCGGUCCCCUCUGACUCUCCUGAGAUGUUGGCUUCCAGUGGGCCUCCUGGCAUCUGGAAGGAGCCCAGCACCCAUCAGCCCAUGGCCACCACUGACCACGGGGAGUCUACAGGUGGGGAUAUUUUUGCCAAACAAGAUGAGGACAGCACUGAUGGGCAGCAGCUGCUCUUGUUCUACAUCCUGGGCACCGUGGUGGCCAUCCUGCUCCUGCUGGCUCUGGCGCUGGGGCUACUGGCCUGCCGCAAGCAGAGAGCAAAGAGGGAGGAGAAGGAGAGAAAGCCCCAGAGUGCGGCAGACAGCUACUGCUGGGCUCCAGAGCGUGCGGAGAGCAGGGUCAUGGAGAAUCAGUACAGUCCGACACCAGGGACCGACUGCUGAAGGGGAGAUGGCCCCAGAGACACUGACAGUCGGCCACCACCACCCUCAGAGCUGUAUGUGCCCCAUGGGACGGGCAGACCCACGUCCUUCUGAAAGACUGGACUGGAAUCUAAGCAAACAGUUGUAAAACUGAAAAGCCUGGCAACUUGGAGCAGGCAGGUAUUUCCUACGUGUGUGUGGUAUUCCUGAAGUGGAGGCCCACCUCAGGGUUGAGGUUUCACUCACUGUGGGAAUUUUGUGAAUAUUAACAAUUCUCACUCACCUCCCUUUUCCAAUUUAAAUGUGACUAAUUUCAUUUUCUGCUGGGAUUCUGGAUCAAGGGGCAUUACAGAUCAGGGGCUAAUAGUUUUGAACUGCUCUGCUCACUUGAAUCACCUAAGAAAAGGCAAUCUGCUAAUGCUAAUUAGGACCUAAAGAUUUGCUCCUCUUAGAAAAGAGAAUUAGCCAAUUAAUUGGUUUCUUAUACAAGAAGCUUUUUUUUUCUUUUCUUUUUUGUCAAAAGCGAACAUAUCCAGGACUGGAAUCCUUCUUUUUAUUCGCAUUCACUUAUUUUCCUUGCACAGUCCUGCUGAACUGGAUGUUGAAAUCCUCCAGAAUGACUUAGAAGUGCACUUAACUGCUCAGGCAGCAAGGGACCAGGAAGUGUAGAAGUCACAUUUCCUAGUUCUUAAGUUUCUAAAUAGUUUUGGAUUUAUUUUCAAGUGAAAUCUGAAAAACAUGGGAACGGUUGUAUGGAGUGAGUUGAAAGGGAUUUUGAAAAUAAGACAUCUACCAGGCCAGAAGGGACCAGGGGUUUAUUCCACAGGGGCUUGAAGGAGACGAAUUAAACAUUGAAUUCUACUGGCUGCAGGACCCUUGCUGGGCAGGGAUUAAAGGCACUGGGUUAACACACGCUUGGCCAUUUAUGAGAGGAAGACUCGCAGGAAGCAACACAAUUCAUCUCUGUGCCAGUGAAGCCCAAGACCCCCUCCCCAGUGGCCUGCCUUUUCCUCAUGCUGCUCUGGAUUUGAAUGCUCCCAUUGCAGCACCAGAAAGUUCCUCAUUCUUGUUUCUCAAGAAGGUGUGAGAGAGAUGAUGGGCUGAGUUUUGAAAGCAGGCUUCAUGAGGCAUCUUAGCCCAGCUCACAGUCAAUGUGACACCCUAUUUGGUGCUGUAGCUUACAAACAAGUCAAGGGCCAGUCAGACAGGAUGCUGUCCUGGUGCUGCUUAAAAGAACUUCUGCUCCAUUUCUCUUUUCCUUAAAAAGGCAGGGGAGAAGGAAGGAAGAGAAAGAGAAAGCAACCAAAAUCUUUCCCAACAACAGAAACUGCUCAAAGUGAUUUUAGUACAUAUCCUCAUUUUUAAGUGGUUGCCCUCCUGGCGCUGCGGUUGUGGUACGCCCCCCUCAUACUCCUGCCGGGUCACGGAGAGCAUGCGAGCCUUAGGCAGCACUGGGAGGCCUCUGGCCUUGGGGUUUCCUGCUGUCACUGUGCAGGAGAACCCGGGGGAUGUUUCCUCCCAGGGAGUCCAAACUCAGCCUCUCAGCCUCCCCAUUGUUUCUGGGUUUGCUUUAGACAUGCAUCUGCCUCCCUGGGGCAAGAGUCACCAGGUGCACAGCCCUCAGAAUUGAGUAAAUGUCCUUUGGCCAAUUUUGAAAUGUGAAUGCUAGAGUUCAGACUUAAAAAAAAAUACAACACUGAAGGAGAGAUUCAGGGAAAGAUGGGGAUUUUAUGGGGUUCAGCAGGGAAUUUUGGAUUCUGUUUUUUAGGGUCAUGUAAUACUCUUCAGUUUUCAGUUGCAAUACUGGAGUUUAACAUUGAAGGAGACCAAUUUAAUGUUGAAUUUCACUGGCCACAGGAUCCUUGCUGGGCAGUUUGUGGUGUGGGAACCAACUGUUCAUCCAUUUAGAUGAUUUUAAAGACUUGGUCAGACGAGUUGCUGACCAGUGUCUGCGCUGACAUAGAACAGAUGCAACUUCAGUGGCUUUACCUCUAGGCCUUUGCAAUCUUACCCUUAUCACUUGGGGUGAAGGAAACAGGAUUGAGACUUCCCCAAAGCCCUCCACGAUCCUGUGGGGCCUUGCACUGGCCAAGGUCACUGACAUGUCCCUCCAUCUCACAGAGUUCAAUUUCUUCUACAGCCCAGCCCCAGUUUCCAUGUUUGGAUCCUUCUGUGGGUAGGAAUAUGCAGCCCUGUCCCUGACACAGGCAACCAAGAAUCCCUACUACGAAACACACAAGGGGAGAAAUGGGCUGAUAAAUCUUUUCUCAAAAUCCCCUCCACAGAAUCAACCCCUCUGCAAGCAAAUGAGGGGUUCUGAUGGCUGCUGCAGGCCAGGAGGAAUGAAGGCUUCAUUCACUGUCCGGUCCCACAGGGUCAGUUCUCGGCUUCCAUGCCAUCCAGUGAUAGCAAGCGACCCUUUGCAAAGGCUCAUCCCAACACCCUCUGCACCAUUAGGCAAAAAAUGGGAUAAGAAGUUGAACACAUAUGUGCUUAUCAUAUGGAGGAACUGAGUUGGAAAUGAAUUUCUUUCUCUUAAACCCACAUGUGUAUUCAGUUGCUAUUCUUUUUAUGUUCUAAUAUUAUGUUCUAAUAAUGAGCCCUUGUUUGAGAACAUUGUGUUAUGACCUGGAUUUUUAUCCAUUUUGGAUAAACGUGGAUUUAAUCCAUUUGAAGAAUAUAGAUUGGAUCACUAGCUACUUUUAUUCAGCCCACUUUCUCAUAAAUAGUUCUGUGAGCAGUAAGAGAGCAGAGAUGAGAUUUGACCAAAAAAAGCUCUGAAUUCAAAAUAACACCAUUUUUUAAAGCAAAUAUAGGAAAGCCUUUUCCUAUUUUUCUUCUUAGUGUCUCCAUUGUCUGAAUCAGGAAAACAGGAAAGGAUUACUUUCUAGCAGCUGCAAAAUGGUGUAAUGUCCCUACAUAUUUCCAUCUUUUUAAACAAUAGGUUUAGCAUGGAAAUCUGAGAUAUGAUCCUUGAAAACAUUUAUCUCUAUCUGGCUGCAAAACCACUGCUUAAAUACAUGUGGUUUAUGGAGUUUUUCAACCAAAAAAAAAAAAAGAGAUGAUAAUCAAAAUUUUCCGUGAAUCUGAUAAUCAAAGACUUUAUUCUGUUCCAGAUUCCCAAAACUAAUACUCACUUAAGUGCUUUUAGAAAAAUGAAUUGUGUCUUGAUGUGUUCUUGAAGAUAAUGCCUACCUAUUUUAGGAAGAAACUCUGGAAUUCCCUCCUGGCAUUGUCCCUCUUAUCUGCAAGGUUGGCAAGCAUUUCCUCUCAGUGGAUUUGCCACUGUUUCCCUGGACUGAUGUUCUUUCUGCAUAUGUGGCCUCAGCUUGAAUUAGGUAUUAUGCAAGGCUUUGUUCUGUGAAAUGAGAUGCAAUUGUAAGUCACUUCAUGAACACUAAAUGAGAGGAAGAAUUUUUAAAUAUGUGUAUUUGAAAUUUGUUUCACUACUUCUGGAAUCAUGGCAUUUUUAUGCAAGGUUUACUUUCAUCCUAGGCUCAAAUGUUUCCCAGGCUGGGGGGAGCGCAGGCUUGAGCACUGCAGCACCCUCAGGACUCCGCGAAGCUGGGCUGCCCUGCGCGUCAGCCCCAAGAAGUGGCAGGCCUGCUGUCCCUUGUGCUUUGUAUGACACUCCUAUCCUAAUAAAUUCUGAAGCAUU